AUGGAGGGAGCUCCUGAGGAGGCCUCCACGGCACCUCGGCCGCCCUUCUCCCCGCCUGCGGACCUCGCGGCUCGCCCCGCAGUGCAUCCCAGCGUACAUCACUCACCCACCGAAACACCCAGCCCGGCCCCGUCUUCGAAAUCCCGCCCCGUCUCAGCCGUCGUGCCGCCCUACUGGCACCGCCACGAGCGCAAUGCCUCGCGCGCAUCGCAAAGCUCGCUCGUGCCCGCGAUAACGCUCGAAGACCAUGCCGCAGACCCGGAGUGCGAGACGAGCAGGGGCUUAUGGGCGCGCAGUGUUUCGAUUGAAGAUCACUGUGUCGUGCAGGGGAAGACGGGGGUUGGGGCGUAUGUGGUGUGGAACUGCACGGUGCAUACUUUGGAUGGAGGACCGAUUGUCGUUCGACUGAGAUACUCGGAGUUCGACGAUCUACGGCAGAGACUCGUUUCUUCAUUCCCGCACGCGAGGAGUGCGCUUCCAGCUCUUCCGCCGAAAAGUGUUCUCUUCAGGUUCCGGCCUAAUUUUCUGGAGAAUCGGCGGGUUGGGCUGGAAUAUUUUCUCAAUUGCAUCCUUCUGAAUCCGGAGUUUUCGAGCUCGCCUAUCGUCAAGGACUUUCUCUUUGGGCGAAUGUCAUAA